AUGUCGCAGCCUCCAGCUAAACGCAGACGCGUGGAGCUUACGUUAGAGGAUAAGAUAAAGCUCAUCACGGAAUCAACUGCUCAACCAAAACCAUCUCUGAAGGCACUCUGCGAGCGCUUCAAGAUCGGGAAGUCAACGGUCGGCGACAUCUUGAAGAAAAAGAACGUCUACCAGGAGCAGUGGGAGAAAAAUGCAUCUGGCUCCAAGUUCCAUUUCGACAACGAAUGCAAGUUUGACCGACUGAAUGAGCUGACGUGGGAGUGGUUUAGCCGGAAGCGGGCCCAGAACUUCCCUUUGUCUGGACCUGUGAUCCAGGAAAAAGCAAGCAGCUUUGCAAAGGAACUGGGGUUGCACGACUUCAAGGGGUCCAGCGUGAAGGCGUUCAAGGUGUCCGGGGAGAGUGCUGGGGUGGACCAGCAGACAGUCAGUGACUUCAAGAGCCGGCUUCCAGACAUCAUACAGGGAUACAGCCUGGAGAACAUCUUCAAUGCCGACGAGACAGGCCUCUACUACAAGGCAUUACCUGACAAGACCCUGGCUGUGCGCGGAGACGGUGCAAAGGGAUUCAAAGUGCACAAGGAUAGGAUAACUGUCCUCUUCGCAUGCAGCGCCACGGGAGAGAAGCUGACACCGCUGGUCAUUGGCAAAGCAGCAAAUCCCCACUGCUUGAAGAACGUGCGACGAGAGCGUCUUGGUGUCACUUACGUCAGUAAUAAGCGUGCGUGGAUGACGUCAGCUGUGUUCUCUGAUUGGCUCAGGGACGUGAAUUCAGAGAUGCGGAGGAAAGGUCGCAAGAUCUUGUUAUUCCUGGAUAAUGCUUCGUCCCACACCGCCGACAUGAACCUGAGCCACGUCCAGUUGAGCUUUCUUCCGGCCAACACUACGUCCGCGCUGCAGCCGCUGGACCAGGGAGUUAUUCGAGCGUUCAAGGCUGUCUACAGGAGGUUCAUGCUGCGAGCGCUGCUGGCCACAAUGGAGAAGACUGAUGACGCUGCCAGUGUUUCGGAGACAAAGGAACCUAGCGAUGAAGAGUACCCCGACGACGACAUCCCUCUCGCGGACCUCGUCCUGCAGUUCAGGUUCAAGCUGGAUGACCUGACAUCAUUUGACAAUGACGACGAGACCCAUGACGCCGAAUGGGAAUCAGACAUCGUGAACGGUUAUAAAGAGGAUGCCACCGACGCCGCCGAUCUCGCAGAUGCCACAGAUGACGUUGACCAUGAAGAGGAAACGCCGGAAGUUCCUCCAGUGACUAUCAAAGAGAUUCGAGACUUUGCCCUCCGUAUGCAGCGGUAUGGACAUGAAAAGGAUAGCGAUUUCCUGGCAACGGCAGACACCCUCCUUAACAUUGCAGAAAAUAAGAUCGUAAAGGAGAAAUGUACUUUCAAGCAGAGAGUGAUCAUGGACUUUUUCGUGAAACCGUAA